UCCGUACUAAAAAGGUGCGUGCGCUUUGUAGCAUGCGCAAUGUAUUUACAGUUUGUACACAAAAUGCCGUCGGAGUCUAAAAGUAUGACAGCUCAAACGGAAAAACCAAAUCAUUAUUCGUAUUUGAAGGAAUUUCGUGUGGAGCAGUGCCCAUUAUUUCUUCAACACAAAUGCACUCAACAUAGACCUUUCACAUGUUUCCACUGGCAUUUUAUGAACCAGCGUCGUCGGAGACCGGUUAGAAAAAGGGAUGGCUCUUUUAAUUACAGUGCUGACAAUUACUGCACAAAAUUUGAUGAAACUACUGGGGUUUGCCCUGAAGGAGAUGAGUGCCCGUUCCUGCACCGCACGGCCGGCGACACGGAGCGCAGGUACCACCUGCGCUACUUCAAGACCUGCAUGUGCGUGCACGACACGGACAGCAGGGGGUUCUGCAUGAAGAAUGGCCCCCACUGCGCCUUCGCGCACGGCAACCACGACCUCAGGCCGCCCGUGUACGACGUCAAGGAGCUCCAGGCACUAGAAAAUUCCGAUUCUGAUCCCAAUGCUGUUAGCAAUGGUCCAAACGUUUUGGAUAAAGAGCGUAACUUGAUGAAUGAAGACCCGAAAUGGCAAGACACGAGUUACGUGCUGGCGAAUUACAAGACUGAGCCCUGCAAGAGGCCUCCCAGACUGUGCAGGCAGGGGUACGCGUGCCCCCAGUACCACAACAGCAGGGACAAGCGGAGAAGUCCCAGGAAGUUCAAAUACAGGUCGACGCCCUGCCCCAGCGUGAAGCACGGGGACGAGUGGGGCGAGCCGGCCAACUGCGACGGAGGCGACGGCUGCCCCUACUGCCACACCCGCACCGAGCAGCAGUUCCACCCGGAGAUAUACAAGUCCACCAAGUGCAACGACGUGCAGACGGCGGGCUACUGCCCGCGCGGCGUCUUCUGCGCGUUCGCGCACGUCGAGCAAGAAAUAGCUUUAGCCCGAGACUUGGCCGCUUGCGUGGACUCCGGAACGAAUUUCGCCGAUUUGCUGUCAAGCGCCUUGCCGCAGGAUAAGAGAGAUAACGGAGGCACUUCAGAUGGAGCAAAGAAGGAUGAUAAAAAUGGAGAUGUCUUUGGCCUGUCCAAGAGCCACCCGGACAGCGACUUCUUGCUGGACUCCCACGAGAUGUGCAAGCAGAGCAUGUACUACUACGGCAGCUCUGGGCCCGCCGUCAUGCCGACCAGGGUCUCCCCGCUGGCCUCGUCGUUCUACCCCGCCUCGGACACCGUCGAGUCUGUCAUAGGGAACGCUCUGGAUGACCUAACCAUGGACGACCCCCUCAACAUCGCGGCGUCCUUGGACAAGGACUUGGAAAACGACUCGCCAACAUUUUCAAACUCGAUCUCUGCUGGGCUGGCUAGUUCAGGCUUGCUGGGCAGCUCGGCCCCGGUCAACAUCCCGGGCAGCUCGCUGAACGACCGCGCAAGCGCGCUGAGCAACUUCUCCCCGUCUGCGUCGUCGCCCCUGCACCAGCUGCAGUCUGGCUUCCUGUCCACGCCCCGCUUCUCCCACCUCGACUCCGUUGACUCGGGCACGGCGUUCGUGAGCUCGAGCCGCCUGCAGCUGAGCAGCAGCGCGUCCAAGGUCAGCUACUCGUCAGGGGGGCUGUUCGACUUCGCCAACCACCAGAGCAUGUCGCCCGGGGGACGGGCCUCGCACGCCGCCACCUCAUUGGUCAACAGCUUCUCCAUGAGCCCUUCCUUGGCGACCGGCCUGCCCAGCGAUGUGCAGCGGCUGUACGAGGAGCUGGCGUCCGGCCGGUCGCAGCUGGCCUCCUGGGACGAGCGCAUGGCGCAGGCCCGCAAGGCGUGUGAGGCGUGGCAGCGCGAGGCGGAGGAGGCCCGCAAGCAGGCGGGCAUCGCGGAGCAGCAGAGGGACGAGGCCCUGUCCCAGGCCAAAGCCCUCCAGAAGGAGGUGGACCUGCUCCAGGGCAGCCCCUACCUGCACGGCCUCAGACGCAGGUCCGAGCUGAAGACCCUGUCGCUGCCGACGCUCAAGUCCCUGCAGUCCCAGCUACAGAACGACUUGGAGGAGAUCGACAAGGCCAUCUACCAGCAGACGGCGACCAAGUGCAUGGCGUGCGAGGUGCAGAACCGCAGCGUGGCGCUGCUGCCGUGCAGUCACUUCGUGGUGUGCGAUGGCUGCGCGCCCGGGACCAAGGAGUGCCCUUACUGCCGGGCGCCGGUCGUGGCUCCCCCCCUGUAGUGGCCCCAGGCUCGACGGACUUGUCUCCGCGCUCGCGUGGGCGCCUUCGCGGAUGUCAAAGGGAUUGUGCUCCCCCCCUGUUGUUUGUCAACCCAGCCCUCUUAGCCAGAGUGGCCCUACCGGCCUGGGGCCUCCACGCCGUGUACGCGAAACAGGAGAGGUGUUAGAGAUCCGGCUAUGCCCAGAGGCCGAGACUACCCAUGGGCGUCGCAAGGAUAUAUUUUUUUGGGAGGACGACUUCAAUUGGUUCAGUUGUUGAGGAAUAUCCAUCCCCUGUAAAAAAAAAAAAAAAAGCGGGGGGUCCGGUGGUCCUCUCCCGGGGAAAAUUUGGGGUUUGAUGGUGCAGAAAGGUGGUUUUUAGGCAUUUUUCUUUCCUAAAUAUUCUAAUUAUAGUUGGUUGCAAUAAAUAAUUAAUUUUUUUAUAAAACAUAUUUUCAGAGAACAAAUUUGUAAGAACACAGUUAACAUAUCCGCUGGUGCUAUAUCCACGCAAAAUCAUUAAUUUAAACAUCAGGAGAAAACCUUGAAUGUUACACUUAAAUGCCGCAGCAGUAUUAAGAAUAUUUCGCACAUGUACACGAACAUAAGUAAUAAAGUGAUUGUAUUCACUAUUAUUAAUUAUAGUAUCUCUCCUCGGUGCCGGACCUGAUUUUGAAUUUACACGAAGAUGGAACUACAAAAGGGCUCACAUUACCAUGAUUGGACUAAAUGCACCUUGCACAACAUAUGGGUUGUAUCACAGAAAUCAUAUUUUUAAUGUAAUUACGAAACUGAAUAUGUUAUUGGAGGGGACGAAAUUGAAGACUUUUAUUAUUGGGGGGGACGUGGUCGUCGUCGUCGUCGUCGUCCCCCCCCCCCCCCCCCCCCCCCCGGUUGCGACGCCCAUGGGCUACCCAUCCCAGUAUGGACACCACCGUCACCCCCAGCCUCACUUUCCGGACGAUUCUUCUGAGCGACACCAGCCCAGUGGCCGCCCUUGCGCUACAUCUUAAAAACGUGUCUGUUUGAUUCACGCACCAUCGCCGACUAUUCUCAGAGGUGUUGCGGAGUAUUACGACUGAAAAGAUCAAACUUAAAUCAUGUAAUACGUAGAUGCAAGAAUGAAACUUUAUUUAUUAAAAAAAAAAAAAUGUCAAAAAGUAAAUCUAUAACAAUUACACAAAAAUAAUUCAGCCAAGAACAUUACCUGUUUGUGGUUUACUGGUCUUGAAAGUGUUAAUGAUAUUUCGUGAGUUGAUUGUUUUGUUACAAAGCAUUUAAUUUGUAUAGUUAAUUUUUUUUUUUUAACUUAAUAAUAUUUGAAAAUUAAGGUAUUUGUAUUAUGUAUACUCCACUGUAUUUUGUAAAAACAGAAUUUUUGUUAAAUGAAAACAGUUAAGUGAUAAGAGAAUGUAAACAUAAAAUGUUUUUAGUGACUUAGUUGUGUAAUUUCUCAGUUGAAAUUUUUUUUCUUUAUGUUUUCAAGUUGUUUCUGGGUUCAGUAAGGUGAAGUCCGUAUCAGAUUAUCUUUUGCAAAAAUAAAAAAAUUUCUAAGUGAACAAAUAUCAGUAGAUACGUAAAAAAUUUUUUAUAUAUAUAUUUAAAAUAGAACACCAUUUCCUGUGCAUAACGUUAAAUAAUGUUUUAAGUGCCGGUGAACCGGUUUAAGAACACCAUUUCCUGUGCAUAAUGUUACCUAAAUAAUGUUUUAAGUGCCGGUGAAGUGGUUUGAUCGCCGAUGUAUGCGACUACUCUCUGAACUGCGUUCCUCGGAUCACUUCCCGCCCACGCCGUGCGUACCUCCCACCGUCCCGGUCGUGCCGCUAGCAGGGUCGGUGCAAGGUAAAUUGGAGCCCUAGACAAAAAAAAACCUUAAUGCCACCCCCCCCCCCCCCCCUCCACAAACCCCCGCCGGACACCCCAAAAACAAUUUUCCUUGCCUCAAAAUACAUCACGUAAGCCUAAGAUUUUGUCAACAAUCAAAUGUAAGCAGGCUUGUGUUUUUUUUUUUUUUUUUACUUUUUUAACUUAUUACAAAUCAUAAACAGGUCGCCGUGGACUUUAAAUAACCACUUAUAUCAAUAUAAACAUUCCAAACUGUUACAAAAAUCCAUUUUCGUCUAGUUUCAAUAAUCGUUAAACAUAUUGUAUGAGCUGUUGUGUGUCGUGCUGCGCCGCCCCCAGCUACUCGGCGCCCCGGGCGGUCGCCUGGUUCGCCUGUACGGACGCGCCGGCCCUGGCCGCUAGGUCGGGGCUUGUUGCAGUGUCUUGUGGGUCGGCGUGUCCCGGCCAGCCGCAAGGAUGAGGUCUCUGUCGACUGCCAGGUUCAGAUCAAACCACGUACAGGGCCAUCCGGAGAAACCAAGGUUCCAGGGGGCAAAUAAUCUGUAGCGUGCCCCCCCCCCCUCCCCCCUUCACCAUUUCUAUUAUUUAACAACCAACUUUUUUUGAAACCCCACGAUCAAAACAAAAAAAAAAUAAAGAAUCCCAAAGACUGUAAAUGUUAUGGAUCUGUUAACUGUAAACGUGAUAUGUGCGUAAUGCAUUUACUUGCGAGGUUUAGUGUGGAUAUUCCAUUAACGGUAAGACUUUUAAUUUUCUUCGUAUCAGGCUGAACCCAAGCAUUGGAAAAAAAAAAAUAUCUGGAAAAAUUAGCCGGGUCUUCCUGGUGCCUGGGUCUGUGGGUAUUCUGUCCCCUUCCCCUCACUCUUCUCUCCCUCUACCUUGUGAUUCAAUGACUCUGGAUGACACGCUCUCGCAACAAUUCAAUUACUAUAUGUAGUGCAUUCCAGCCAGUCGUCCAGAUGGUAUCGUCGUGAGACUGGUUGCUGGAAGUUGGACUCCAAACUGGACUGAUUGGCUGGAGUCUGCUGUAGUAAAUUAUACUUUUAAAGUUAGAACUACCUACUAUACAUUGAUAUGAGAGGUGUGGUUAAACUGAACGUCACAAACCAUAAUGGCAUAAAAAAAAUAUAUGAGUAGAGCCACGGAAAUUUCGCGGAUUCAUUUAGUCGCAAGCUAGAAUGCAAACCUCCACACUCUCGCACUGUGUUCAUGAUUGGACCGCAGUUGUUUGGACACGCCCGUCUACGACCGUGAGUCAACGAUGUCCAGCUAGGAGAGGAGUAAGCGAAUCAGGUAAUGCCAAAUAACAAGAAUAAAAAUGUUCUCGCUAAUAAAUAAACCAAUGGGAAAGUAAACAUGGGUCGAGCACACCUAUAACUUUGAAUUCUAUCCUGAGGCCAGAGGAAUCCGCGAAAUUUCCGGGACUCUAUAUAUGAGGAAAAAGAAUAGACAGAGGGGUUUAUUUUUGGUGCUAGAAAAGCUAUAAGAGAGACUAACUGUUUUUGGGACACCCUCGCCCGUGAUGUUGGCUUGCCACCUCGCUACGUAGAGUCUCGGUAGGGUUGACCUCGUGGGCCCGAUUGGCUGACAUCGCUGUGGGCCUUGUUUUCGUGGUGUGCUGCCACCCCUUUCCCGCCCUAUUCAACCCCUCGACCUGCAUACAAGCAAGAGCAACUGACAGUCUACUGGCGAUUUGUUGAUUUGUUUGUGUAAAACUUGUGAACGUGAACCGAAAACUUGAGUAAACAGUAAAUACUCUGCGUAGUUUUAGAAGAUGGAUGCGGAAAAUGAUAAUUUUAUUUAUUUAUGAUAUUUAAAAGUUCAAUCUCUAUGUAUAUAUAGCAGUAACUUAUGCUGAAGAACGGGAAUUAAGAGGUUUGCAAGUUUCAGGAUGUCAUCUCUUACUUCCGCAUGUACCGUAGAUAGGGAUUCCAUUUCUUUAUCUUUCCGAUCAGGAACAUGGAAAAUUGAGUUCAGAAUGGUUUGGAAAUAGAUUUUUUUUUUUUUAAUGCAAUUUAAGCUGUUCCUGUUUAUGAAUGAAGUUGUUAUUUUUCCUCUCACUUUGCAGUGGAACUCUGUUUCAACGUUUCUGAAGGGACCAAAGGAUUUUUAUUUUGUAUUUUCGAUCAUGUAGUGACUGCGAUAAGUCCUUUUGAAAAAAAUAUUCAAACGUAGCUGGAAGAACAGAAAAAAAAAUCACAGAAACAGGAAUAGUUUAACCUUGUCUCACGGUUCAUCCGACCGUGCUCUGCAUUAAAGUAGUUGAUUUAUUUUUCUGUGUUGGAGCUCUGUGGUUUUGAUCGGAGGGAACCAUGAUCAGUUUGUAGUUUCUGGCAUAUGAGACGACAUCAGUUUCUCAGUGAGAAAAUUUCAAAAAUUAAUUUGCGUGUUUCUUCACACGAGACAUGAGGCCAAUAAAACAUGUCGACCAGCAGUCACGUAAACCGAAGAAGAAGAAGAAGAAGAUAGAUCAGUUGUAAAUUCUUCAGCAUGUAUGAAGAGACCAUAUCACAAAGCUAAGCUCAUCAGAUACGAAACACAAAUACUUGGAGGUGGCAAGUGUAGAUCUAGAUUCAAGGGUAAAAAUAAACAGGCUCGAGUUUUCAGUUCAUUAUAAAAAUAGCUCUUACCCAUUCUUUGUGCAACAGUGGUAUAAGACAAGUAGCUUGACUUCUGGGUUGUAGCCGCGUCCUUGGCAAAUAAUUCAUUAAAUUUUGGUCGACAUUGCAGUCACCAUC